AGAAUUUGUGUACAACUCCGUUGGACCCUCGUAUUCCCUUUCUUCCGCUGCAGUGGAGAAGCGCAAACGCUUGCGACUGCCGCCACUUUCUCUUCUUCUUCUUCUUUUUUUCUGGCACGAGAGAACGGAUCAAAAAGGAAAAAAGAAACCCCCCUUAGAAACAAUGGACGCCCUCAACUAUGUGACGAGCGAUGCUAACAUUCAGCCGUGCAAGUCGGAUGUCACGCUCAGCAAGACCUCAGCAGCGAACUUCACGGCGGGCGCGAAGCCCGUCCUGGCGAGCCACCGCCGCCUGCUGUGCAUGAACGUGAAGCAGACAAACGUUCUGCGCGUGCUGAACCGCCACGGCAAGCACAACGACACGGCUAUCAAGGCCGCCUCGGUCGCGCACCUAGUCUCGACGGAGAAGAUGACCGGGCACCCCACCCUCUUCUACGCGGUGGGUGGGAGGGACCUGGCGAUCAUCUGCCCCAACACGCAGGCCAACGGUGACAUCUCCGUCUCGGUGGUCGAGUCGACGCUGGACGAGGAGGCGUUCGCCUCGACAGCUGGCGAAUCGCAGCGGCUGUACAUUCUCGGAACCCAGAACGUGAUGGAGGUGGAGGAGUCGACCGGCACCGUGAAGAGCAAGAUCGCCUUGGCGCCCAAAACGGCCGUGAAGUACCCCGUCAUCGACUACCACCAAUCGGCCCAGCUGUUGCUCGUGCCGGCAAAGGCGACCCACCUCGACCUCGUUUCCACCCGCACCCGCAGGAGUGCCCUGGGCCGUGUGUGGGAGCCGCACGAGGACAACACCCCCACCUUCGCCUGCUUCUUCCAGCACCACGCCUUUAGUGAGGAGUCCGGCGAUGAGGUGUUGGUGGUCACCGCCGCACAGGGCAACCGAGAGAUCCGCUUCUGGGCCUACCAGAGCGACGCGCAGAAGUUCACGCUGAAGCAGCAGCUGAACCUGUCGCACAAGGACGAACCAAACGAAGAGUACGACAUCAGCGUGACGGCUGACGAGGAGUACAUCACCUUGUGCUCCCGCACGCGGCCCUACGCGGUCGUCAUUGAAACCCACCACACCCUCUUCAAGGCCUACCGCACCACGUCGUGGCGCAUGGCUGGCCCGGCGCUGUGCUCCACCACCUCCGUCGGCAAAGUCACGGAGACGGCGCAGAGCAAGUCUGUCAGCUACGAGCUCUUCAUUACUAUUCGCACCAAGGACGGCUUCGUGCAGUCUAUGCCCAACUCUAGCCGCCUCGCCGGGGCGUCGAACCUGUCCGCCGCCAGAGGGGACUCCGUCAUGAACUGGUUCCCCUCCGUCGCCGCGGCAGCCGGCGCUGGUGACGGGUCUGCGGCGGGUGCGGCGGGCGGCUCUGCCCGGGCGGCCAUGACCCCCAUCACCGCCGUCUCCUCCUCUCUCUCGGGCGAGAGUAAAACGAGCGGUAUGUCGGAGCACGCCGUCUCCGCGCUCGUGCGCACGCAGGCGCAGAAGUUCUGCGAGCAGGUGAGGGUGAUCGACACAGACCUGGUGGGGAUGCAGAAGACGGUGUCCGACACGAUGCGGCUGCUGCAGGACUCGCGCCACCGCACAGAGGCGCAAAACAGCGGCCGCACCUUUGCCAUCCGCAACCGCGCUCGGCUGGAGAAGAGCAGCUCGGCGGUGGCCUCCCCGGCAACGCAGACACCCGCCGCAGGUGCGGCCGACAGCAGCAGCAAUGAUGCGGAGUACGGCGUUCUGACGGAGGGGGAGCACGAUCUGAUUCUCAGCAUCCGCAACUUUGUGCAGGAGGUGCAAGGUGGCAGCGCCGCCGCUGCCUCCGCUGCCCUUAAGACACUCCUCGCCAAGCAGCUGCACAUCUCAGUGGAGCGGGCGGCGAGUGAGACGGGCAAGCUCGAUGUGCAAGGUCCAAUCCUCAGCAACCUCAACAACACCGAAUCGAUGGUGGCCUUCCGCCGGUCGGUGGAUGAGAGUCUGAAGCGCGUUGGCGCCGCGACGACGCGCUACCGGGAGCUGAACCGCGCCACGGUCGACGCCUCCGCGGUGGAGACGGAGCGCCGUCUGACAGAAGCGGAGGCUUUCCGCCAGAAGCUGACCACCUCCCUGCGCUCCCUCAAGGAAGAGAUGGGGGAUCUGAAGGUGGCGCUGUCGCAGUAUCAACUCUCCACCGCGAACGGCGCCGGCGGCGGGGCAGCGGCGGCUAUGGACCCGGAGGCGAUCGUCGCGAGCGCGGUGGAGAAGGCGCGGGCCGAGGAGUGGAAGGAGGCGGUCACCGCCAUUCUGGCCGCGGACGACAUCAGCAUCCUUCUCGCCUUCCUGGAGAAUCCCGUGUGCAAGGAGAACCAGGCCGUGGUGACCUCGCCCAAGACCCUUACCCUGCCGCUCUUCCUCAGCCUGUGCCUGCAGCUGACGUUUGAAAUGGUGGCGCAGACGGGGUCGGUGCCGCUGCGGCUGCAACUGCUCUCGGACUUCUACUUUGAGUGGGACGACUACCUCCGCUCCAUUCGCAACCAGGCGCAGAAGGACCCGCAGCAGAAUGCCACCUUCGAAAUCGUGAAGCGGGAGCUGUCGACGGUGCUGGAGUCGCUCGACGCCGUGCCGAGCGAACUGCUCGAUCGCAAGAUCCGCAACAAGGCGCGUCUCGUGCGCAAAUUGAUUUCCAACCUGAUCACGGGCGAGUAG